AUGGCCUACCAUUCCAGCACCAUCGAAUUGAAGGAUAACACCAUCAUUGUGGUGCUCGGUGCAUCCGGCGACCUCGCCAAAAAGAAGACAUUCCCCGCACUGUUCGGUCUCUUCCGCAACAAGUUCCUUCCUAAGGAUAUUAAGAUCGUCGGAUAUGCACGGACAAAGAUGGACCAUGAGGAAUACCUGAAGCGCGUGCGCUCGUACAUCAAGGUACCCACAAAGGAAAUCGAAGAGCAAUUAGAUCAGUUCUGCACCCUUUGCAGCUACAUUUCCGGCCAAUACGACCAGGAUGAAUCCUUCAUCAACCUUAACAAGCACCUCGAGGAAGUUGAGAAGGGUCGGCAAUCUAAGGAGCAGAACCGUGUCUUCUACAUGGCUCUGCCUCCUAGUGUUUUCAUCACUGUUUCCGAUCAAUUGAAGCGCAACUGCUACCCUAAGACUGGCUUGGCCCGCAUUAUUGUCGAGAAGCCUUUCGGUAAGGAUUUGAAGAGUUCGCGUGACCUUCAGAAGGCGCUGGAGCCCAAUUGGAAGGAGGAGGAGAUCUUCCGUAUCGACCACUACCUGGGCAAGGAGAUGGUUAAGAAUAUUCUCAUCCUACGAUUUGGGAACGAGUUCUUUAACGCUACAUGGAACCGUCACCACAUCGACAACGUUCAGAUCACAUUUAAGGAGCCAUUCGGUACCGAGGGCCGUGGAGGAUACUUCGAUGAGUUCGGUAUUAUUCGUGAUGUCAUGCAGAACCACCUUCUGCAGGUCCUUACUCUGCUCGCUAUGGAGCGCCCUAUCUCCUUCUCUUCCGAGGAUAUUCGCGACGAGAAGGUCCGUGUUCUGCGUGCGAUGGAUGCAAUUGAGCCCAAGAAUGUGAUCAUUGGACAGUACGGCCGAUCUCUCGACGGCAGCAAGCCUGGUUACCUGGAGGACGACACAGUGCCCAAGGAGUCGCGUUGCCCAACCUUCUGCGCCCUGGUUGCAUACAUUAAGAACGAGCGUUGGGAUGGUGUUCCUUUCAUCCUUAAGGCUGGUAAAGCCCUGAAUGAGCAGAAGACCGAGGUCCGCAUUCAGUUCAAGGAUGUCACAUCUGGUAUCUUCAAGGAUAUCCCCCGUAACGAGCUUGUCAUCCGUGUCCAGCCCAACGAGUCCGUCUACAUUAAGAUGAACUCUAAGCUGCCCGGUCUGUCUAUGCAGACGGUGGUGACCGAGCUGGACUUGACCUACCGCCGCCGCUUCUCCGACCUCAAGAUUCCCGAGGCCUACGAGUCCUUGAUCCUGGAUGCUUUCAAGGGUGAUCACUCCAACUUUGUCCGUGAUGAUGAGUUGGAUGCCAGCUGGCGCAUCUUCACUCCGCUCCUGCACUACCUGGACGACAACAAGGAGAUUAUUCCCAUGGAAUACCCCUACGGCUCUCGCGGUCCUGCCGUUCUUGAUGACUUCACCGCUUCCUUUGGUUACAAGUUCAGCGAUGCCGCUGGCUACCAGUGGCCGGUGACCAACACAACCCCCAACCGUCUGUAG